AAAACACAGAAACGCCAAAUUAACUUAUAAUUAUACUGAUAGAAUAAAUAAAGAGAGUGUAGAUGUAAGUAAUAUAUAAUAUAAUUUUGAAAAAACAAUAAGUUGGUAGCAAUAAAAAAAUCAUUUUUAUUCAAAUUAUAUCUACGAUUAGAGUGUACCCAAAAUUUGGCGAGUGACUGUAUUGCAUAUUUACACGUUAAUUUACAUUCAAAUACUUAUGCGAGCCUUAGUGGAGGUAAUACCAUAGAAUUGGCUGUAAACAUUUCGUUGUGCGCACUCAACUACUGAUAACACCUUAGCUUUUGAGUAUUUGGCUAAUGAGAACAGUAGGUAGAUCGCGAGACAGUGUCACAAUAACAUAAAAUUACAAUGUAAUUUUAAUUAUCCACCUUUUCCUUCUAUAUAGCAUUCAAAUGAUUGAGACUCAUUCAUUCAUUCCCCAGCAUUUCUUCUUAAAAGGCGCUGGACCAGUUCGGUAUGAUGAAAUAAGAGAUAUGUAAAGCAUCAUUGGGCUCCUUCGGCGUCGAUGAAGGCAUAACCUUUUUCUUCCAAUCUAACUCAACCAGAGCUAAUAUUUUUCUUCAUCUGAUCUUCUUUCUGCCGGUAGGAUCUUUAAACGUUCAGGCAGAUAAGCUUUUCUUGCAAAAAAUACUUGCAAAGUUUUGACAGUUUUUAUCGGGUAAUAUGUUAAAAUAUACUUAGAGUUGUCUCAAGCUAACGACGGUAUUUUGAUUUCUGAUGAAAUUUUGAUAUAUCAUCUAUCUCUAUUUUAUUGUAGAAAAAACUUUCUAUUGUUUGUGCAAUAUUUUUAAGUAAAAGCACUACGUUGAACCUUGAAUAAAUUAGCUAGAAAAAAUCGAUAUGUUUUCUUUCGAGAUCAUCAGUCAAAAUCAUUGACUUAAGCUCAUCUAAAAUUAAGAAUUUCAUAUUUACCUGGGUCUAUAUUCAAGCCAAUGAUUCGAUGUUUCAAAUUCACACUUUUUAUACCAUAUAUAAAAACCAGAAGAAUCCAGGCGAUUUAUGAAUAAGCCUCAAUAAUAAAUUUGAAAUAUAAUGCAUAGAUCAUAUUUGGACUAAACUCGUAACACUGUGCCACGUUCCGUCUGCCAGUUACACCUGAUAUCAGUGUACUUUUGUUGGCUAGAUAAAGCUGCCUUGCUCAACUGCUAAUGGAGUACGACAAUAUUGAGUCAUUCGCGUACAGUUACUGGAGACGUGCAGCGGACUGCAGCGAAACGCCCGACAAUACAAACACAACGCAUCGACGCGUACAUAAAAUAUUUAAUUUAAUGUUUUGCGAGGUCGACGUGGAUUAUUCGCAAGUGAAAAGCGUGUAAAAAUGUAAAAUAAGUGAAAAAUCAGUAUUUGCAUUAGCGCGGUAGUGAUUGAACUUUGGAAAAAGCAAAAAUUAUAUAAAGCUUGUUUUAGUAUAUUUUUAAAGGCGUAGUAAAUUCACCAGUGUCUGUGUCACAUAGAGUAUAUAUUUUAAAUACAAGAGUAUUUACAUACACAUCUAUAAAUGAUAAAGUUUUUUACAAAAUCAAAAAUGUAUACCUCAGAGCUAAUGGAACAUAUUGGUGAUUACCUAAGUAACAUCAUACACUUGCAAGUAAUGGAUAUGGCCAAAGGCCAAAACCAAGAAAGCGUUAAAUCCAUACUGGGCCGUCACACAAAAAUUCUGGUCAAAUAUAUGGUUAAAUUGGAGACGAAAGGUGACAAAACCGAAAACCGUGUUUUGGUUUUCACGCCAGUUCGUAUUUAUUUGCUAAUCGCAAAGGUGCCCACAAAGAUCGAAUGUCACUUUCACUACUUGGACAUACAGGCAGUAGAAAGCAAAAAGUCAACACACUUCUCAAUCAUCACAAAUGAUCGCCCGUAUUCAUUUGCAACGAGCUUCGAUGCGGGGAGCUUCAGUGCGGUAAAUACAGCUAAUAGCCGAAACGCUGACGUUAUACUCACCGAUUUGGCAUCGGCAAUUAAGCACAUUUUCCCAACAGUUCCUCUCAAGUACAUCAUAAGAAGGAUCGAUAUUCAACCGCCCGAACGCGAGGUUGUUUUUUCCGAAGAGUUUCGUCCCACAGACCCACGCAGUGUUGGUCCAUGCGGUGGUUUCAGCACACAAUAUGCUUGUAUGUGUGAUUUCCAUGGGGUCCCCUACAGAGAGGAAGUCGCUUGGGAUAUCGAUACGAUUUAUUUAUCCCAUGAUACACGCGUGCUGAACUUACGUGAUUUCGAUCAUUUGGAACCAAAAGACUUAAUGGCCAUUGUGUCCGCAUUGGAGUAUAAUACAUUUUUUCGCGGUCUAAAAGCAUCACAUAUGCGCCUCUCCAAUGAGACUUUGGAGCGUAUACUACACGUGCUCAAGCGUUCGAUGUGGCUAGAGGAGCUACAUUUGGAGGCAUUAGGUUUAAGAUCGGAUUUUCUGCAUAAAUUAGCUGUAUCUGUGAUUACAAACAACAAUCCCGCAAUACGUACUAUCGAUUUGAGUCAUAAUUUAAUUGAGGAUAAAGGAGCAAGCUCAUUGUGCGCCCUACUUGGAAAAAUUGUGCAAGGUGCUAUCCACCUGGCCGGCCCCAUUGCCAAAGUUUCGAAAGGUCUUUGCAAGCUGGCGCUCGCUCAUUGCGGUCUAACAUCGAAGGGCGUGAAUCAGAUGUCGCAUUCAUUGUCGCUGAAUCAAAGCAUUUCCAACUCACUCACACAUUUAGAUUUAAGUGGCAAUAGUCUUAAGGACGACAUAACAAAUUUACAUAAUUUUCUUGCACAACCGAAUGUUUUGGAACAUUUGGACCUCUCAUCGACUGAUAUAACCUUGGAGAACUUAUUUGGUGCCCUCUUACGCGGUUGUGCAACACAUUUAGCGCACUUAAAUGUUUCACAUAAUUCGUUUAGCACAAAAAAAGGCAAAGAGAUACCGCCAUCGUUUAAACAAUUCUUUACGAGUACACUGAGUUUAAAACAUUUAAAUAUUGCUGGUUGUAAACUGCCAAUGGAAGCGCUCAAAAACUUACUGCUCGGUUUAGCCUGCAACGAGUCCACAGCUGGGCUGUAUUUAGAUUUAAGUAGCAAUACGUUAGGUGCCCAGGGCGCACACGUUUUGGAAUCAUGCAUACAUGGUGUACGAGUCUUACAAAGUUUAGAUAUAAGUGACAAUAAUUUGGAUGCCGAAUUAGCUCCCGUUUUAACAGCGAUUUCCAAAAAUCCCUCAAUACGUACGCUUUACAUGACACGCAGCCUGACUGGCAUGAAAUUAAAACAUAUUCCCACCGUUAUGGACGCGCUUGUGAAUCUGAUACAAAAAGACGAUUUCCCAUUGGCUGAGUUGGUGAUCUCCGAAAAUAAAUUAAAGAAUGAUAUACACGACUUCAUUAAUGCGCUUGGCAGUAAUCAAAGUUUGCAAAAACUAGACAUUAGCGGCAACUACAUGGGGGAUGUGGGUGCGCGCCUGCUCGCCAAAGCUCUGCAAAUCAACAACAAACUGCGCACAAUUUACAUGGACAAGAAUAACAUAACACCGCAGGGUUACGGCGACAUCGUUUACGCUUUAGAAAAUAAUCACAGCAUGCGCACCAUACAAUAUCCAGUCUUCGAUAUUACGCCACACAUGAAAAAUCAUCCGGAGAAGACCGAUGCGAUUAUGCGCAAAAUGCAAGAGUUUCUACAACGCAACUGCAAUGGUCUCAAGCGCACCAAUGGACAAGGUUUCCGACUGCAACAUGGUUUCAUGCUCUCCUCAACACACCAACUGGUCGAUAAGCUAGUGGCCGAAACACAGGAUAAUAUCUCGGUUGCAAAAGGUAGCGAUUCGUCAGCAGUGCAGCGGCUGAUCGAUGAUGCCGAAAACUGCAAACAAUUAAUGCCAAAAUUACAGGAGGCUGUGCGUUGUGAAUCGCAUCCGGUGGAAAUAAAGCUUACUCGCAUCGCCAGUGAUCUCAGCUACACUAUACAGGGUUAUCUGGAGGAAACAUUAGAAACCAUGCUGCGCACUGCUGUCGAGCAGUGUCCCAAAACAUUGGGCAGCCAAAUGGUUGUGCAAGAUUUGCGCAAAGCUCUGAGUGAGCGUCUACAAAUACCGGAAGAUUUUCUACAGAGUUGUCUGCUGAAUAAUGCCGGUAGUGAGAUCAUGAACAAAGUGGGUGAAAUCGAACAAUCCUUGGCGGCCUCUAUCUCUGACCGAGCCACUGAUGAGGUGCUGGAGGCGCUCACACGCUACCGACGCGGCCUAGGCAUUGCCGAUUCACCAUCUGUGCUGCUCGAUGAGCCGCAAACACCUGAUAUUGUGCGCAGCCGUUCGAGUCAUGAUGCCGAUGGCCUGAUAAUACGCCCCGGACGUGGUUCAGUCUUACCCAAAAUGGGUCUGGAAUCGCCCACUGCUACCCCACACAUGCCCACCAAGCGUCGUUCGGUGGCGCGCAAAGUGCGUCCUCAGUCCGUCGUGGAGAAUCUCAGCUUGGGUCAUAUACCCGACCUACUUGAGUCACCCUCUUCGCAUCGAUCCUCGUCACAGCUAUCGCCACGCGAUUCGAAUGGCAUGGGCGCCAGCAUUGCCGGCACCACUACGGGGGGUAGCGGCAAUGGCUUGGAUGAUUUAGGUGGGGAUGAAUGCGGCGACUCGAUAACUGAACUGCCCAGCGCUUCAUUCCAAUUGCAACAUCUGGUUAAGGGUAGACCGAAACGUGCCAAGACGCGCGCACCAACGCGACCGUUGGUUGCGGUGGACAAUAGCGCCGGGCCGAGCACUAAGGAAAUAGGCGAGGGUUUGGAUUUAUUCUUUCGUCCCGGUUCGGUGACGCCUACUACGUUGACGCCGCUGAUUUCACCCACCUCCGAAGAGUGCAGUUCGCUAUCGUUUGUCGAUAGUCCUACAAUGAGUCGUGAUGGCAAUGGUCAUUUGACAUCCGAAGAAACUACACCCAUCUUGGAGGAGCGCAGACCCAUUAAGCUGGAUCGGCAGUCACCAUUGCUCAAGGGUAAAUGUGUGCCAUGGACCACCCGUUCGCGUUCGACAGACAAUUUGGAAAAAUAUUCACCACUAAUUGGCCGUAAAUCACCGCUGGUGAAAAUGCGUACUGAAGGUGGUAGCGUUGCGGCGGGUGAUAAUCCGAAUUCAGCACUGAAAGCGCCGGAACGUGAGAAUAAAAUGCGUUCGCCAAGCAGUGAUUCGAUACGUAGCCACACCGGUGGUGAUGGUAUCAGCGUUAAGACCACUAACGGUAUUAUACGCACACCAAUAAUACUGCAAAAGCCGCGUCCCUGGUCCGUAGUGGGAAACGAACCCAAAGCGCCUGGUGCUAACGACUUCCAAAGCAGCGACUCAAGUAAAACGACGCCAGAAAAGCUCGAUGAAGAUUCCGAAUCCUUAUCGUUUAGUCAAAGCAGCAACAAUGUCGGCAGUACGCCAGGUCCCGCAUUGGAGAAAAAAUCUGUAAGGGAGCUUGCAGCAGGCUUAAGCCGCUUGGAACUUCCAAUGAAGCCACAAGUGUUGCCGAGAACCCUGCUCACCGGCGCAUCGGCGAUAUCCAAGUCCUCGUCGACUUCGCACAUCACCAGCACGAACAGUAGUAGCAUUAGUAGUAGUAGCAAUAGUGCGAGCAGUCGAAGUAGUAACACUACCACAACAACAACAAUGCUGCAAACGCAACGCAUGAGAAUAACAAGUAAUAACAGCAGCAGCAGCUCUACAACAACAACGACGAACACCGCCUCGCCAAACGCGACAAACGGCAAUGAUAAUCACGAAACAUUGCUCACCAAAACCGUUAUCACUGAAAAUGGCAACGGCAGCAGCAGCAGCAGUUUUAUAACGAACGAAAUCAUUAAUAUACGUAACGGUACCAACAGCUGCAGCACCGCCAUCACCCACAAUCGCGAUAGCACCAACACAAGCGCGAGCGAAAGCAGCAAUGUAGAUCGUUUGAGCAGCGGCAGCAAUGCCUCGAGUUUGGGUAUACCUGUUGGUGGCUUUAAGCGAAUUGCGGGCAAAGAGAUUUCCGCAUUAUUCGAGGAGACAUUAGUUGAAGGCCUACAACGCUCUUCGACUCGACGAUUAUUUAGAGACACACAAUAUACAAAGGAAGAUGUUGUUGAUUUGUGAGACAUUUGAAAUAAAUAAUUUUCAAAGUAGAAUACAGAGCUGCAGUGAAGCAGAUGCACCGACAACAGCAAUAUGUGGUAGUAAUAGUGAUUUAUGUAGUCAAAACAGAUAGUGGAAAAGAUCUUUAUAUUAGAAAAAAUAUUUAAUGGAAGAGAAAAUAAAAAUGCCACGUGUGUUUAAUUGUCAACUACGAAACAAUGCACAUGGACCAAAGCCAAUAACAAAUAGGAAAUUAGAAUUAAACUUGAGUGAAAACAUAUUUUUCGAAUUUCAUGCAAUCGGUUGGUCUAAAAAUGUUUAUGUACGAAUCUUCUUCAAUUACUUCGCGAUUUGUGCAAUCUUCACGAGCCUUAUUUUGUAAUAUUUCUUAUAAAAUAUUUAUAUUUUACUAUUUUUGGUUGCAUUAUUGAUAUAUUAGCCUUGUUGGCAAUUGGAGAGUAUAUUAAAUAUAAAUUAAAUCUUUAUAAACUCGUAUAUAUGUACAUACUUAUUUCUAUUGUUUACCUUAAUUAAUUUCGAUAUUAAAGCGUUAUGUGUGUGUUUUAGUUUUUAGUUUAUGUAUAUAUUGAAUAUUAGCUGUGUUUCAUAUUUCGACAUGAACUAACAUUUACAAUAAAUUAAAAAUAAAAUAAAGAAAUGUAAGGUGUGUGUGUGUGCGCGUUUUAUAUUAUGCUAAACUUGUACGUAUUUACAUAUGCUGAUAUACAUUUCUAACUACCCAAAUAUGUAUGAAUAUGUAUGUAUUGAUUUUAAGUGCCAAUCAUAUUUUAUGAACAAAUAAAUAACCUAGAAAAAAGGGAAUAAAAAAAAUGAAAAUUUCAUGAACAAACGCUGGCUAUUUAAAUUAAAAAAUGAAAACUAUGUGGUAACUAAUGGAAAAAACUUUUUUUCAGAAAUGUUUUCACUGAUAAGUUUUAUGUGCUAAUAUACAUUAUACAUAUAUAUUUUUAUAACUGCUUCCAUUCAAUAGCAAUAAGUUUUUGCACAUGUUUUUUAAGUAGACAAACUUUCUAAACUAAAUUUGUAUUUUGAGGGGCUUAAUUGUGUAAUGUAAAUUUUGAAAACCUCUGGACUGCUUUAGUAACUACUAGUAAUUGGUAAAACUCAGAACAAAAUUUGUUUUACUGCGUCCAUUUUUGUUAUUCAUAAAUUUUGUAUGAUUAAUAAGUUAUCAAUAUUAAGUUUAUUUUCUUCGAAAUAUCAAUUUAAUUAUAACGAUAAAAUGACAAUCUUAAAAUGCAUUUAUGGGAUAUCAAACGUAUGUUUUAUGUUCGUAUUUAGCCAGAAAUGUGUUCCGACAAUAUUUAUUUGUACAAAUAAAUCAACGAGUUUAACUAAAUUCUUUCAACAUCAAAAAAAAACAAUUAAGAGUCUCUUAUUAUCCGUAAACUAUAUGAUAAAAGAGAGCCACUAUAACAUGACAGAAAUAAAGCAGUUAAAUAUGAAUAGAAAGCAACAUUUUACGAUACAAUAAUAAUGAGGAAGUUAUAUACAUUUCCUUAUAUAAAAAAGCAUGGGUAAUUUUCGUUCCAUUUUGGAUUAAAUUCUGAAAUUAACUUCGAGUACAUAUAUGGAGCUUGUCAGUUUGGAACAAGCUACAAAUUUCUAGUCCCCACCUUGCAUUAUAAAACAAAUAAAUACCAACUGCACUGAAAUAUAUACCAUAGUUGAAACAAGUAUUCAAAUAAAUGAUAUAAGAGUAGCCUAACACAACAACAAAUGUUUCACAGAACAAGAAUGACAAUUAAAAAAUAAAAUUUCAAAACGUUA